CAAAAGAUUUACUCGGAUCCCUCCCCUGGGCCGUCCCAUAAUGCCUGUCGCCCCCAGCCAAGGAGACAGCUGCAGAGAUGUCUAAACGGAGAGUGUUGGAGUUUUUCUAUGAUGUGGUCUCCCCUUAUUCGUGGCUGGGGUUUGAGGUUCUGUGCCGUUACCGGAAUAUCUGGAAUGUAGAUGUCAGUUUGCGUCCUGGGUUCCUUGCAGGAAUCAUUAAAGCAUCAGGAAACUCUCCCCCUCCCAUGGUCCCACAGAAGUUUGCCUACAUGGUGCAGGAUCUGCCGCGAGUCUCCGCAUGUUACCAGGUUCCUCUCCGACUUCCCAGCGACUUUUUCCAGACGAUCAUUAAGAAAGGGAGCCUCCAAGCAAUGCGGUUUGUCACAGCCGUGGAGAUGUCUCACCCAGAAUAUUUAGAGCCGGUGUCCCGGGAGCUAUGGAUACGGAUCUGGUCAGAGGACAAAGACAUCACAGAACCAGAGAGUAUGCUAGAAGCAGCCAAGAAAGCUGGGAUGUCGGUGGAUCAGGCAAAGAAGCUGAUUGAGUCUAUCUCCCUCCCUGACGUGAAGAACAAGCUCAAACAGAAUACAGAGGAAGCAUUAAAAUACGGGGCUUUUGGGUUGCCCACAAUCGUGGCCCACGUGGAUGGAAAGCCUCACAUGUACUUUGGAUCUGAUCGCUAUGAGGUUUUAGCGCAUCAACUGGGAGAGAAGUGGAUGGGACCCGUGCCUCAGAAGUCAUAACUGUAACACAGACAACGGGAUACAAGUGCCUUUGUUCAUUGCCUUUCAAGUAUCAUUAUAGCUAAUAAUAAAAGUCAGGUCAAAGCAU